GCAAACCACGCCUGCCUCCGCCUCUGGGCCGACUGCGACUGCGACUGCGACGGUGACGGCAGCGUCGACUCGUAACGCUCAGAACGAAUUUGCAUAGGCUGAGAAUCGGACGUGUGGCCCGUCGAUCUUGAUGCGAAUACAUCGCAGCGGUACGACAAAUACUCAUAUUAUAUUUUUUCCAGUUCAUUCCCGCCUCCUGUCGGGCGUGUGCGUGUGCCUGUGAAAUCUGUAACUUUUUAUUUAUGAGAUGUGGAACCGCUGGAUGGCUGCCCGAUAAAUUAUUCCCAAGAAUACCAGGCAUUUUUUAGUGAAGAGAAAUAAUAUCCACCAAAUUUCAAAGUCAUUUAUCAGAUGAAAGCCGGCAGGCGAAGAUGGUGUGCAAUCAUUUGAAGUGGAUAUGUGGAAACAAGAAAUCUGUAAGAUAUGUGAAAUGGCAACAAAUGAUCGUCUCCGAUUGCUGCGACUGCGACUCCGACCACAACGAGGCACCAACUAAGCCAAAAUAAAACGCCAAUAAAAUCAAACGAAUUAAUGUGAUAAUUGGCGAGCAAAAAGCAACAUUAGUCACGAUGUGGAACCAAGUGGAAUGCAACGGGUCUGCUGGGGAGGACUGUCUGUGCCAGAGACUGCGAGGUGCGACUGGGAGAUCUCACGGAGACAGCGGAACGGCCCCGAGGGUCAGCCUCCCCUAUCAGUCGAGCGCCACAAUCCUGCUCCAAUUGCUGCUGACGAUCCUCUCACUAAGCUCCGUGCUGGCGGCGCCACAAACCUCCUGUAUCAUGUGCGACAAGGAGGACAUCCGGCCCCGGGUGCCGCCCUACAGCGACAGCUACGAGGAAUUCACCUUCGACCAUCAGGUGUCCCAGCACGACGCCAUGGAGGCGCUGCGAAAGUUCAAUGAGACACUUGGUCUGAAGAACGCCUGCAAUACGAUCAAGUGCGAUCCGAAUGUCUUGAAAUAUUGCCUGGGAAAUCAGUUCAUCAACGAUCAUUGUUGGUGCGAGCUGCAGCACAGAGAAGAGGGUCUGCCUUUUGUGCCUCACAUAUGCUAUGCCGAUGAAAAGGUUCAUAGACCGUCCAUUGGUUCCUGUUUCCUCUUCGACGAGGUCAAAGAAUGCUGCUGUGCACCUGCCUGGGCCAAGAAGUGGCGACACAUCUCGGGGAGUUCGCGGAGCCAAAACCCACCAAAAAUACUAAUAACUUUGCUGUUUGUAUUCAGUUUACUCCACUGGAUGGGCCGGAGAGGGCCGACUUGUUAAAGCUGGGAGAGACCUCGUUGGGGGACAGAGAGUGUAAAAUUUGUAAAAGAUAGUCAUAGUGAUGUAGGAUCUAGAUGUAACGCGGUUUAUCGAAUAAGUGUACUUAGUUCAACCAAUGUCCAAUGGAAAUCAAACCUACUUGCUAAGCAUAUAUUUAAGCGUUAAUAAAUACAUUUUUAUAGAGCUAA